GGCUCCGGCUCCUCCCCCGGCCCUCUGAGGCGGCGCUGUCCCUGACCGAGCGGCGGGAGCGAGGGUUCAGAAAUGGGCAGUGAGAAGGAGCAGCAUCCAGAACAGCACCUGCCUGAGGAAGGGGACUGGGGUGAGCCCUGGAGAGUGGAUGACUCGGAGGGUUUUCAGAUCCCAGAUGGGGAGAAAGAGCGCAGGCAGGAGAGCCCGUCAGAGUGUCCGCCAGAGGUCCAUCCUAAAAAGCCAUGGCAGAAAGUCAUUGUCCCCACCAGAGAACCCGGGGGCCCCACGGCUCACCCGAGGCCCGAGACCGACGAGAAGCCCUUCACAUGCACCCAGUGCGGGAAAACCUUCAAUAACACCUCCAACCUGAGAACGCACCAGCGCAUCCACACUGGUGAGAAGCCUUACAAGUGCUCCGAAUGCGGCAAGAGCUUCUCGAGGAGCUCCAACCGCAUCCGCCACGAGCGGAUCCACCUGGAAGAGAAGCACUACAAAUGUCCCAAGUGCCAGGAGAGCUUCCGGCGUCGCUCGGACCUCACCACGCACCAGCAAGACCACCUGGGCAAGCGGCCGUACCGCUGCGACAUCUGCGGCAAGAGCUUCAGCCAGAGCGCCACGCUGGCUGUGCACCACCGGACCCACCUGGAGCCCGCGCCCUACAUCUGCUGCGAGUGUGGCAAGAGCUUCAGCAACAGCUCCAGCUUCGGCGUGCACCACCGCACGCACACCGGCGAGCGGCCCUACGAGUGCACCGAGUGCGGGCGGACCUUCAGCGACAUCUCCAACUUUGGGGCCCACCAGAGGACCCACAGAGGGGAGAAACCCUACUGGUGCACGCUGUGCGGGAAACAUUUCUCCCGGAGCUCGAACCUCAUCCGUCAUCAGAAAACGCACACAGGCGAGCAGGCCGCCAGAGACGCCAGCUGAAGGGUGAAAAGGGAGAGAGGCGGAGAGACGCCAGCCUAGUGUAGGAAGAUCUCCAGGAUCUGCGACUGCCCCCUCGACCUCAAGCCCCUCAUCCCACUUUGGAGAAUGGUUUCCUGUUGCCUCUGAAGCCAGGAACUGCGGGAGGUCCUGAGAAGGGACUCGAGUAAGAAGAAGCUUUGCCGCUUUCCAGGCCAGUUUCUUGCCUUGGAAAGUUUGGAGGAUCCGGUCUUGGCUUCAUCUCCUUGGGAUGAAAGAGAAGUAGGGUAGGCUUAGUACAGGCUUGUGUCAUUAGGGCAACCAUCCCCUGGCCUUUGAGGACGUACCUGUGAGGGGGCAUCACCGCCUGAAGGUGCUCCAGAUUGUAUAGGAACCACACAGGGCCUGUUAUGGUGGCUGUCAGUCCUGUCUGCUGUGCCUCGCCUGUGCUGGGAGGAGCAGCCUUCCCGAUGGAAGGGGCCUCCGUGGCCUUCCCGAUCGAAGGGGCCUCCUCGGCCUGGAGAAGAGGUCUGGUCCUGCCUUAGGAAUCAAAAGGAAGCCCUCAGGGAGCCACGAUCCAGGGACCUUCCCAGUCCCCCAUGUCUGUGACUCAUUCCCCCACCCUAACCCACAUCUGUUCCCAGAGUGAUUAGCAGUAAAACCCUUCAAUGAAAAGGACCUGUGUACUUAUUUGGGGCAUCAGGGAAGUGGGAGCUGGGGAGCUGGUCUCGCUGCAGCCUCUCUGGAAGGGGGCUGGAUGCCCAGAGAAUGGGUGGCUGCUCUGAGAAGCAGAGGAAAAUGGGCGGAGUCUAUGGGGCCUCUGAGGAGGAAGGCAGGAGGGAAGGAAGGAACAUGGAGCAGCCACAUCUGCUGUGGCUUCUGUGGGUCACAUUGACGUCUUUGUCUCUGUGUCCUGGCACGGCAGCCCUCAGAGGAGUCACACAGCGGGGGUUUGGUGGAACGGGAGUUAACACUUGGGCCUCCCUUGAUUCCAAGCUGAUGCUCUCUUUCUACUGCUUGCGCCUAGUGGCUUCGGAAGGAGGAGCCCCUUAGGGGCUGCCUCAGGCCCAAGUGAGUCCCUGGAAGUGGGGGCUAGGAUGGCCUCUUGAUGUGGCCCUGGACCGUUUGCUCUGUGGAAGUCAGUGCCAAGUCAGAGAACCAUACCUCCUUCAGAUUCUUGAUUGGCACUUCCCUGUGCUUAGGAAAAGGGAUAGUGUCCGGGAGUAAGGGGUGAGGGCUGGGAUAAACCCAUCACGGGAAUCCUUGCCUUUAGUGGCAACAGUUUAGUUCCCAAGGCUGGGACAGCUUGGCGGGGGUCCUCCCAGCUUCCUGCCCUCCUGAUUUAGGCCUGGCUCCACCUGGCUGCUUUCGGUGUUCUCUGCAUGGCGGUUUAAUGUUCACCCAGACUUCCUCCAACAAACACAGAAGACCCCUCUCUACAUCUCUUGCCAACCUGGUCCUGCUCUUCCAGAGGGAGGGGCCUUCUUCCUUGUAGCUAAUUGCCAGAAUGAGAUUCGGAUACCACCCAUAGCCUGACGUAUCCCAUGGGAUCCUGCCACCCACCCAGGAAGGGAUGUGCUAGGAGAUUUAUACUCAUCAUGUUGAAUUCUCACGUAACCCUGGAAAGUAAGAAUCACCCACGUAUGACAGGUGGAGAAGGAGGCUGACAGAAAGUGACUCACCCGAGAUUACUUGGCAAGUAAAAGGCAGGGUCAGGAAUGGAACCUUUUUCUGCCUAAAUCCAGAGCCUGCAUUCCAGCUCUAAAAGACUUCCCCAACAAUUCCCUGACAUAGGUAGGACACUACAGUUUACAAAGCACUUUAAAAAAAAAAAAAAUCUUUUAUUUUAAUGACCUUGUGCUCAUCCUGACAAGUGCACUCCUGAAUUCCCUUAACCUGUCCCCCCCCCCCCCGCUCCCCCCCGCCCUGCACUUCCCCUCUGGUAACCAGUUCUCCAUAGUUGAGUGUUAAUUGCUUUGUCUCUCUUUCUUUUCUUUCUGCUUUGCUCAUUUGUGUUUUUCUUUCCAACAUACGAGUGAAAUCGUCAUACAGUAUUUGUCUUUCUCCAGCUGACUUACUUAGCAAAAUAUCUCUAGCUCCAUCCGUGUUGUUGUGUAUGGCAAGAGUUCAUUCUUUU